CCGACCUGAACUUUAGCCGCCCCGGGGGCUCCGGCAGGGGGAGCCACCCCGAGCGCCGGGCUGCCGGGAGCAUGAUUUGAAGCCGGCGAGGCGAGAAGGUGGGGAGAGCGAGCGAGGGAGCGCUGAGACGCCGGAAGAUGAGCCACGCAGAUCUUACAAAACCACCACUAGCACCAAAACCAAAGAUUCUCAGUCAUCUUGCUUCCAUAGCAGCUUCAAAAUUUCCUCCAUCGCUGUCAAGGGCUGGCACACUUCACCAUUCAAACCCUAUGUCUAGGGGUCCCAAACCACCCAUUGCUCCCAAGCCAAAGAUCUCUGCUGACACCGACCCAGCAAUUAUACAGAGAUCCAGUGUUUAUGCCAAUAAUACCUUCAACAAAUGUACCAAUGGAAAACUGGAGGAAGAGCUUUAUGAAGGGAAUCAGUGCAACAAUGCUGAGUGCCCAGAAUCAGAAGCUGGUGGUGACUAUAUUGUAAUCCCUAAAGCUGAGCUGACUGAUAAUGACUCUGAGCAUGAACAGGGACCAGUGGAGCAUGAAGUCCUUCACACCCCUGAAGCAGCAGUUGAGGAGGAAAAUAACAGUGAGAUCUGUGGUCUUGAAAUAAGUGUAUCAGAGAACCAUGAAGAGCACUCCACUGAAUCAACCACAAUCCAAGCCUUUGGUCGCCCCAGUGCACCUGAGGAGGGAGAGGAGGAUGCUGCAAAGGAUGGAUAUGAAAAUGUAGACGGUGAAACUGAUCCCAGUGAGACCACACUGAACUGUGCAGAUGAGGGUGAUGAAACACUCAAAGAGCUGGAUCUGGUAAAGGAUAAUAAUGAGUAUAAUAUGGACACUAAGAUUUUGAAUGGUGAUGAAGCUUUGAAAUACACUUUAUGUGAGGAUAUUAUUUUAAGACAUUUAGAGGAGCCACUUCCAACUUCAGAGGAUCUGCCAUCAGUUUGUGAGGGUCCAGGAGAAGAGAUUCCACCUCAGAUGUUAGAGGAGGAGCAGCUCCAUUCUGCUGACGCAGAAAUGGGUCCAGCACAUAAUAAUGAAGAUGAAUCAGCUUUGAAUAUAGAGACAGAGCUAGCAGAAGAUGUUUGCACAAGUCCUGAUGAUCAACUUGCUGGUGAUUCUGAAGAAGUAGAAACUGACUUGGAUAUCAGUGGAACUGAUCCUGAUACUAAAGGGACUUUGAGAGAGAUCACAAAUGAAGUUGAUGCUGAAAAGGAGGAAGAAAUAGACUCACAUGCUGAAUGUGAAACAAGUAUAGACCCGGAAGACCCAGAAGACAAUACAGAGGAUAGGGACCAAAUCACUGAGGUGAAGACUGUAGAGGAAACAUCAGAGCCAGUGUGUGAUACAAGGGAAGACUCUGAAGAACAACAUGAAGUAGUAAACACAGAAACCAUGGAUGAUAAUUGCCAGAUCAUUCCAUUUGAGAAAGAGUGCAGUGAGGGUGCUCCUGAUUCUCCCAAAGAAGAUUUAGGUGAAAGUUUGCCCUCAGAAGGGACUGAAACGUCUAAUGAUAACCAACCCUUUAGUCUUCCAGACGUCGAAUCUGAUUCACAGCUGAAAGAAGGAUCUGAGCCAGAUGCUUUACCUGGAGAUCACAAUGCAAAUCAAUAUGCUUUGGAAGACCAAGAGUCAGAUAGCCAAACACUUGAGAUGGAUCACAGUGGUGGGGAAGAAACUGCUCAAGAUGCAACCAGUGAAACAUCAGGUGAAGAGACCAUAUCCUCCAGUGGGGAACUGAACAAAUGCCACCAUGGCAAAAUGGACACAAACUCGAGCAGUGAAUACGUGAUUGAAGAAGCUUCAGUGGCCCCUGGUGUGAUGAUUGUUCCUGACAAUGAUGAUGUAGCCAGUGACACCCUAGAUGACCCCUAUGUAUUGGGAGAUAGCUUGCCUUCAGCCAACGAAUCCCUUUGUGCUGUGAAAGAAAUGGGGGAGGCUGAUGUUCAAGGUAAUUCAAGUGAUUUUGGAGAGGGAGGGAGUAUGGAUAGUGAAAGCCAUUUACUCUCCAUUGAUCGGAAAAGCAUUGUUACUAGAACAAGGUCCCUCUCUGGGAAAGUUCCUGGCUAUGUACCGGAAACAGUUCCAGAAGAAACAGGCCCAGACACCGAACUGCAGCCAUUAAGUACAACCUCCGCCAUGACUGAUGACGGAAGCCAUAAGUUCUCUCUGUCCGAAGGAAAGCCCGUGGAACUAAACAGAGCAUUGCCUGCAAAGCCAAGGCGCUUUGUUUUAUAUCCUCGAUCUUAUUCUGUAGAAGGCAGAGAUAUCCCUGUCUCUCUCUAUACUGAAACUUCUAUAUUGGAUUACAAUAGAAUAAACAGGACAGAAGACCUCUCUUUGCCAUGUGUAAUUGGUUCCUCAGGUAGCUUUUCCCAGAGAAAUCACCUUCCUUCUAGUGGGGUCUCCACCCCAUCCUCUGUUGUUGACAUUCCACCUCCUUUUGAACUUGCCUGUAUCACCAAAAAGCCCAUCACAAAAAGUUCACCGUCACUUUUAACCGAGAGUGACUCUACCGAUAAGUACUGUAAGAAAAAGAAGUCAUCUUUUAAAAAGUUCCUCACUUUAAAGUUCAAGAAGAAGACAGAAAAUAAAGUCCAUGUAGAUGUUCAUGUUUCUUCUUCAAGGUCCUCCUCAGAAUCUAGCUAUCAUGGACCAUCCCGUGUUAUGGAGCUUGACAGAAGGAGCUUGAGUAGUUCUCCUCAGCUAGUAUCACGGACUGGCAAGCUGAGGGCUUCUGAAUCUCCAACUGUUCUCUUCUACAAGGACGGCAAGAGAAGAGGGACACCCAAAACAUUUAGCAGAAGUGUGUCACGGGUGGAAUCCUUUGAGGAUCGUUCAAGACCUCCUUUCAUGCCCCUCCCUCUAACUAAGCCUAGGUCUAUUUCUUUUCCUAAUGCUGAUACUUCUGACUAUGAGAACAUCCCAGCAAUGAGCUCUGAUUAUGAAAACAUACAAAUUCCCCCACGAAGGCCCACCAGGGCAGGAACCUUUACUGAAUUUUUUGAAGAUCCUAGCAGGGCAUUAUCUGCCGCAAAUGAGAAUGACGGCUAUGUGGAUAUGAGCAGUUUUACAGCCUUUGAGAACAAUAAACAGCAACCUACCAACCAGGAAACUGAAAGUGCCUACACAGAGCCUUACAAGGUGUGCCCCAUCUCUGUGAUUCCUGUGGAAGAUGUUACAUCUGAUGAGGAACAGAAAAGUUCUGGAGAUGAAGACAGUAACCAGGGGGAUUCCAAUCCCAUCCACAAGAAAGAAGGACACUCCAGAGCCCAUCUCAUCGCCCAGGAACUUGUGUCUUCAGAGAAAGUGUAUGUGGAGAUGCUCCGGCUGUUACAUAUGGAUUUCUAUGAAGCCCUCCUAAAAGCACUUGGAGAUGAAGAUGACAAUGACGACGAAGAUGCAAAACUCAAAGAGAGGUUGAAAGAGAUCCCAGAAAUCUACAAUUUGCACCAAGAAGUAUUGGGAGAGUUGGAAGAAAAGGUUACCAGCUGGGAAGAACAUCAGAAAGUGGCCGACGUUUUCCUUUCCCGAGAAUCAAGGUUCUGUCACCACACAGCUUUCAUCAUGAAGUUUGACAAGAAUUUGGCUUUGCUGGAUGAAGCCCGACUGAAAUCUUCCCAGCUGGAUGCUGUCAUUCGAGAAUUUGAGCAGUUUCAUGGUGGCAGUCCCUCGAAUGUGAAACAUCAGCUCUUGAAAGUGGUGCAGCGCAUAUUCCAGUACCACGUGCUACUCACAGAUUACUUGAAUAAUCUUUGCCCUGACUCUGCAGAGUAUGAAGAUACACAAGCUGCGUUGCUCAUCAUCUCAGAAAUUACAGACCGAGCCAAUGACAGUAUGCAACAAGGGGAAAACUUACAGAAGCUGGUACAUAUUGAGCACAGUGUCAAGGGACAGAGUAAUCUUCUUCAACCAGGAAGGGUGUUUCUUAAAGAAGGAACACUAAUGAAAGUGUCUGGAAAAAAUAGACACCCUCGACAUUUGUUCUUGAUGAAUGAUGUUCUGCUGUACACGUAUCCCCAGAAGGAUGGCAAAUACCGGCUGAAGAACUCCUUGGCUGUCUCUGGCAUGAGGGUGAGUCGUCCAGUAACAGAAAAAGCCCAAAAUGUCCUGAAGAUUGAAUAUGCUGAAAAUUCCCUCACUCUCUCUGCAAGCUCAUGCUCUGAAAGGGACGAGUGGUACAGCUGCAUCAGCAGAAGCAUCCCGGAUGACCACAGGUCUCACAGUGCAGUUGGCUUUCACAACAAUGUUGAACUUCGGGAAAGGCUGGGAAUAUCCUUGGGUGAGAGGCCUCCAACCUUGGUACCUGUGUCUCAUGUCAUGAUGUGCAUGAACUGUGGUUGUGACUUCAAGCUCACCUUGAGGCGUCACCAUUGCCAUGCGUGCGGAAAGAUUAUAUGCCGAAAUUGUUCAAGAAACAAGUAUCCUCUGAAGUACCUCAAGGACCGACUAGCCAAAGUUUGUGAUGGCUGCUAUGGAGAACUCAAGAGGAGAGAGCGGCCAAUAAGCAUGAGCUUCCCUACAAGUUCAUCCAGGUUUUCAAGCAGUGCCUUCUCUUCUGUCUUCCACAAUAUCCACUACUCAUCCUUCAAAAGGCAAAAGAAAAUCCCUUCAGCUCUUUUGGAGGUGGCCGCUUCAGGGGAAGGUUCUUCCAUCAGUGGCUACCUCAGCAGGUGCAAGAGGGGGAAAAGGCACUGGAAGAAGCUGUGGUUUGUUAUAAAGGGCAAAGUGCUGUACACCUACACAGCAAAUGAGGAUAAAGUCGCCACAGAGAGUUUGCCUUUGCUGGGCUUCACAAUUGUCCCAGAAAAGGAAGACAGAAAUAUGGAUGCAGUUUUCCAUCUUUACCACAAGCAAACUCUGUUUUAUAGCUUCCGAGCAGAGGAUAACAAUUCAGCACAGAGAUGGAUUGAAGCCAUGGAGGAAGCAUCUGUGUUAUAGCAUCAUCCAAGUGGACUUUGAAUGAACCCAUUUAUACUUGCAACAGCCCUCUUUGCUGGAAGAAACAGUGUAUAUAUUCCACUCUGAGUAAACAUACUGGAAAACACUUGUACAAGACUAUUUUUCCUCUUUCCUCAAACUUACUUCCAUGCAGAUGGAAAAUUUAUGGCCUCUUUUCUAUCUUUGCAAGUUCAUUUUCCACUGUAUUGCUCUCCCAUUUGAUACAGCUGCAUCAUAUUCUGAAGAUGUAGAAUCAGUCUAGCUAUUCUUUCUAAAAGAUAUGCUUAUUUCAUAGUAACUGAUUCAGUUUUACUUCUGAAGAGCAUUGCCAGCUUGUCAGUCAUAAAAUGCAGCACCCUAAAUUUUACAAGACAUAUAAAAUUCCCCCCCUUUUUUGCCCAAAGAGGCAUGGACCGCUAGCCUAUUUACAUUACUAAGAUGAAGUAGUGCUAUGCUUACUUGAAUUGCUGCUAUAUAAAGUGUGUGAAAAUACAGAGUCCAACAGUAUUUCAGUGGUAAGAACACAAGACAGUAAUUCAACUUUAAUUUACAUAAUUUUUGGAAAGAGGUUAUUUCUUUGGUGGAGUCAUUAAUGCAUUGCAGUAGGGCUAAUGGGGCAGGAUAAAAAUCUAAAUCUAAAAAUAAAAUUGCAAAAUCCAACCCAAUCUUUAUCAAGACAGCACCAGUUUCCACUUAAUUUAUUGUAAACCUACAGUUUUGUUCAAACUGGUUUACCUAGUGUUAUAUCCUUGAAAAGCCAAGGGAACAAGAUGUUACUUUAUAUAUCUUAUUACUAAAAUAUUCUUUAUCAAAAGUUGGUGUUGUCUCAUUAUUUCAGGGCAAAAGGCACUUAACUAUACUGGCUAUUGAGUAGGAAAGCCAGUAGGAAUUUUCCCAAACCUUUUCAGAAAUUUGCCUCUUUCUUGAGGCAACUCUUUCUGCUUAGUAGUUGCUUAUACCACAUCCAACUCAAGGCGGCUAGCUGGGAUCCCAUGUAAUCUGCCAGCUAGGCCAAGGCAAGUACGCUGUGGCCACUGCUGCUGCUUCCUCUUCUAGCAGAGCGUAUAUUAAGGGCUGGCAGAAGUCAUAGCACCUAACCAUGCCCCCCCCCCAUGGAAAUGUACGCUUGCCUUCUGUGUGCUGCUCACACUGUGGCAGUGGAUAGUAAGGUGGCAUCCUGUUCUUUGAAUGCUCAUAAGUUUGGUCUUCAGUUUUUUCUUUCUGUCAUCACAUUGCAUCAGCCAAGGAUAGUAGUAGGACCUAUCUAGAUGUAUUAUGACAGAUCCAAGUAACACGGGCAGUUAACAAUUAAAUUAAGACCUCCUCCAACUGCUUUAGAAAAGCCCAACACUUUCCCUCUUGUUUAGAGAAGCUUUAAUAUAGCUUCUCUACGCUUGAAUAUAGCCUUCUCUUUCAUAAGGAAAGUCCGCAUCAGGUUUAAGGCUAUAGGGCCAUAGAAAAUACCAGAACAAAUCCAGAAACUGUGUCAUUGAACCAAAGCAUCUGUGGACCAUCUUACCUGAAAGGGUUUUACACCCAAAUAAGAAAAAAAAAUGGUAUUGCACUGCAGUGAUUUAGCCUUGAUCCAAAACACUUGUAGUGAUGGAUUUGCAAGACUGCCUAGGCAUGAAAACCUGAUUAUGAUGGGACCUUAGUGGCAGCAUUUACAACCUGUGAUAUCAGUAUCACUUGGUAUCUUUCAGCGAACAGAUAUUUUCAUUUAUUUUUAAAAGUUGAAAAUUUCAGAUGUACAGUAAAAUACCUUUUUGUGAAAUAACCAUAUUUAUAUUGUGUGCCAUGAUUUGAACUGCUAAUUAAACUUUUGACUGGGUUAGAUCCUCUUGUUUGUAUAAAAGUUUACAUUUAUUCAAAUGAAAUACUCAAUUAUUUGUUUUAUUUCAAGAAUGUAUAUGGCUUGGAGGGAAAAUGGUUGUACUGUUUUGUUAUUUCAGUAUUAGUUUUUUCCAUUUUAUGAGGCACAGGAAGUGUGCAAGGAUGAGAUAUCAAAAUGCAACUUUAGCAUUCAUCUUAAAGUAAUGUUCAGUAUUCAGUCAUGUUUCAGGUUACAAAUUUGGCCUUGCUAAUGUUACACUGUUGUUAUAGAAGGGGACUGAAGGAAAAGAGGCCAAAAAAUAAAAUAAAAUAAAAAUGCACAGACAGGAGCAGAAUGUGAAAUACCAAGUGUAAGUAAGUAAUGAAGACUACAGUCCUGUACCCACUUAUGUGGGAUAAGUCCCACUGAACUCUACUUCCACGUAGACAUGUAUAUGAUUGCACUGUACGAAAUGUUUAAAAAUAAACAUGCACGACAGAAUAACAGUAUUAUAUUGGUGCUCGCAUUUAACUGUUGUUGUAUUAAGUCUACAGAAAAACUACUACUCAAAUUUUGUUGCAAAAAUAGAGUAACUAUUCAUCUUUUGUUUUAAGAAAUAUUAAAAAAUAAAGAUACCAGGUCCAUAGGA